AUGGCUGCUGAAGGUGGCGAAGCUGAAACACAGCAAAAAGAAGAGAGUAAACGACAUACAUAUCCACUUGUUCGAACAAGUGAUAUGAAUGAUGAACUUAAAACUGAAUGUAUGGAAUUAUGUGUAACAGCAUGUGAAAAAUUUUCUCAGAAUAAUGAAAGUGCUGCUAGAAUGAUUAAAGAAACGAUGGAUAAAAAAUUUGGUCCAACUUGGCAAUGUGUUGUAGGGGAAGGAUUUGGAUUUUUUCUUGAACAUGAAGUUAAAUCACUUUUAUAUAUGUUCUUUGGUGGAACAACAGCCAUUAUUGUUUGGAAAUGUGCUUAA